GGUCCUAUGCAGGCCGUCUCACUGGCGGACCUCCUCCAGCCUCGCCCCCACUCCCGUGCUUUCCCCUCCUUCCCGGCAUUUCUGUUUCCGCUUUCUGAAGGCUCUUUAGUUUUCCCACCUCUGCGAGACACUUCGCGCCCAGUGGUCCAGUGACGUCAUUUUUCUGCGCUGCGUGGACAACCACCGUUGGGAGAGGGAACUGCUUUGCCGCCCUUCGCUGCUUUCCUCGGGCUGCUGCUCAUCUGGAAUAAUGGCGCUGUCACUGUGGAAGGGGCUGGUAGGCAUUGGCCUCUUUGCCCUAGCACACGCGGCCUUUUCUGCUGCUCAGCAUCGUUCUUAUAUGCGAUUAAUGGAAAAGGAAGAUGAAUCACUGCCAAUAGAUAUAGUUCUUCAGACACUUCUGGCCUUUGCGGUUACCUGUUAUGGUAUAGUUCAUAUUGCAGGGGAGUUUAAAGACAUGGAUGCCACUUCAGAACUAAAAAAUAAGACAUUUGACACAUUAAGGAAUCACCCAUCAUUUUAUGUAUUUAAUCAUCGUGGUAGAGUACUGUUUCGGCCUUCAGAUACAACAAAUUCUUCAAAUCAAGAUGCAUUGUCCUCUAACACAUCGUUGAAGUUACGAAAACUUGAAUCCCUGCGUCGUUAAGAUUUUUACAAAUCAUAACAGUACGGGACACAGAGUUGGAAUAUUGGAGUUUGGAGUAUAAAACACUCCCCCCAUAAGUAUUUAUAUUGAUCUUUUAGAUCUAACUAAAACAAGUCUGUGGCCCUUGUUUGUACACUGUUAUCAAAUUAUUUUUUUUGGAGAAUUUCAAGAUUUAUUUAUUUUUUUAAUUGAAUUUAUUGGGGUGACAUUGGUUAAUAAAAAUUAUAUAAGUU